UCUACCAAUGUACUUCCGCUCUUCCAAAGUGGACGGGGCAGCUAUCGGUAGGAAUCAAUUGUUUUCUUGAAGUUAGACUAUAAGGAGAGCACAGCACCAAAAAUAGGUUGGACAAGAAUGUCAGUAUUAACUUAUUGGCAUUCGCGGAAAAAAAAGAAACACUUACGAUACAGUCCCAGAUUUAUUGAUUUGGUUUACCAAAAAUCUUAUCGGAACUUUGGCUGUCAUGGCGACGAGGCAGCGAGUCCUAACAGGUUGACUGCACAUAGUUGCUGAGGAUUGGUCGCUGUAGGUAGAAUUACGUCACAGAAAGGAUUUCGUCGCAGAUCUCAUUACGUCACAGAGCUACCCACACAUUAAGCCAUCAUGUCUGACGUUCCUCCGCAACAACCCCCUCCAGCCUAUGCCCCACCUACACCGCACUAUCCGGCUUACCCCCCAAAUUAUUACCCACCGCCCCAGCCUCAGCCUCAGAUUAUAAUGAUCCAACAGCAGCAACAGCAACAACAACAACAAAAUGUUAAUGUCACAGUGGAUAGGAGAAAUGACGUAGUAGUUGUCAAACGAGAAGUCAAUCACUGUCUCCAUUGUAUAAUAUCUCUCUUCUUCUGGCCCUGGAUAUUUGUCUGGAUUGCCCUGUGCAUAUGUGACGAUAUGUAAAUGGACUCUACAUCUAGACUACGCAGAGCCUAACAGGAUCCAUCCCUGGAGUCAGCAAACAUAAGGUUAAAGGAAACUUAUUUUAGUGUUUCAUUAUUACAUCACAUUCCAAUCUUCUUCUAACAAUAGCAUCGUCUGUCUCUUCACAUUCUGCAUUAUUUAGACCAUACACUUCAUGGAACAACCACUACACAGAACAACAGGUCGAUAAUGAAUGAAAUGUUCCCUUGUUAUUUAGACCAUACACUUCAUGGAACAACCACUACACAGAACAACAAGUCGAUAAUGAAUGAAAUGUUCCCUUGUUAUUUAGACCAUACACUUCAUGGAACAACCACUACACAGAACAACAGGUCGAUAAUGAAUGAAAUGUUCCCUUGUUAUUUAGACCAUACACUUCAUGGAACAACCACUACACAGAACAACAGGUCGAUAAUGAAUGAAAUGUUCCCUUGUUAUUUAGACCAUACACUUCAUGGAACAACCACUACACAGAACAACAGGUCGAUAAUGAAUGAAAUGUUCCCUUGUUAUUUAGACCAUACACUUCAUGGAACAACCACUACACAGAACAACAGGUCGAUAAUGAAUGAAAUGUUCCCUUGUUAUUUAGACCAUACACUUCAUGGAACAACCACUACACAGAACAAGUCGAUAAUGAAUGAAAUGUUCCCUUGUUAUUUAGACCAUACACUUCAUGGAACAACCACUACACAGAACAACAGGUCGAUAAUGAAUGAAACGUUCCCUUGUUAUUUAGACCAUACACUUCAUGGAACAACCACUACACAGAACAACAGGUCGAUAAUGAAUGAAAUGUUCCCUUGUUAUUUAGACCAUACACUUCAUGGAACAACCACUACACAGAACAACAGGUCGAUAAUGAAUGAAAUGUUCUCUUGUUAUUUAGAAAUAAGCAACACAACAUCGAUGUCGUAAUGGCUCUUUUAGGAAUUAUCUCAAGUAUAAUAUUGUAAAACUGCUGACUCAGGCAACCCAUUCCUUGCUCUAAUAGCACAUAUUUUGAAGUUCUUUAAUUGAAACUUCCAAUAAAUGUGAAAUAAGUCUACCAAUAAUGCAUGUAGAUAACUCUAUUACUAGUUGAGCUAAUAUUGAUUUCAGAUAACCAUUAAGCAAUUAGAUAUGAUCAAUAAUGGCAAUGUCUUCGAUUCCAAAGUCCAAAGUCUAAAUAUGAGUGCAGUGUUUCACAUAUCAGCGAGUAUUCAUGUUCGAUAAUUCUAUUACUAACUUUUAUAAAUCAUUAUUGUAAGUAAUUAAAUAUGAUUUCAAAAUAGUUCUAUUGAAACAAUCUACCUAACUAUGAGAUCCUUCUGUUAUAUAAUGUCAUAUAUUUUGCAAUUCUAUGUAAUAUUAAAUUCUGUUCUAUUUAAAUUAUUUAAUUAAUCAACUAUUUUUCCUUAAUUUUAUUGUAUGUACCUUUUGCUAUGUUUUAUUAUGUUUCCUAAAAACGUCAUUAUUAUUGUAAUUACUAUUUUGUGUGUGAAAAAUACAAAAUGUCUACAAUUCUAGAUAAAUUUAGCUUGUUACUUUGAAAGGAACAAAAUUUAUGUGAUCUACACGCUUCUGUUUGCUGUAGUUACAAAUCAUGUUUUCUGUUUACUGUGGUUACAAAUCAUGUUUUCUGUUUGCUGUGGUUACAAAUCAUGUUUUCUGUUUGCUGUAGUUACAAAUCAUGUUUUCUGUUUGCUGUAGUUACAAAUCAUGUUUUCUGUUUGCUGUAGUUACAAAUCAUGUUUUCUGUUUGCUGUAGUUACAGAUCAUGUUUUCUGUUUGCUGUAGUUACAAAUCAUGUUUUCUGUUUGCUGUAGUUACAAAUCAUGUUUUCUGUUUGCUGUAGUUACAAAUCAUGUUUUCUGUUUGCUGUAGUUACAAAUCAUGUUUUCUGUUUCUUAACGCGUUAAAAACUAUGUGGACGUAAUUAGACUCGUUUUAUUUCUUUGGAUCCGAUUUAAUAAUAAUAAUAGUAAUAAUAACAAUAACAAUAAUUUAGUUCAUUUAGUCUGUUAUUGACGGAAGUGGUAAUGGAUAUAAACACGCCACUACCUAUAAAAUGUUUCCGAUGGCUUACGCCUCAAAUAGACUCAGACAAACACAGUCUUAGACAUUUAGACCGAAGGAGAAGGAGCCAAGACAACUUACUCUUAAUCCAGUGAUUUUCGGAUAGGAGGGGCUCCUUAGCUUUGGCUGUCUACCCUUCUAGAAGGAAAACUCUGAAUCCAAACCUCUGCUUCCUUGUUGCUAUAAACAGAAAUGAGUCGACCCUGAGGAGAAAUCAGGAACCAGUGACCAUAAAGAAGUUGACAGAAUCUGCCACGUAGCUCCUAGGAAACAUUUCUGUGUGGACGACAUCGUUCUGACUCUGGCCAACAUCCAAGUUUUCAUUUCUGUGACAUGCUCCGUAGAGUCACUUCACGGCUGAAGGAAGUGACCAAAGAGUUAACAAAUAUAAUGCAGGUUUAGGACACUACUAGAACAUAAUAGACAUAAACAUGAAAAGUUUAAAUACUAAACUAAAUAAGUGUUAAACACUUUGACAAUGAGCAAGUUCCAAACCUUUAGUUCACUGAAAAAUCGGCUCUCCCGGUAUUUAUAGAAAUAUGUUACAUUUUACAAUGCUUAUAUCAAUUCACUCUGCCAGGUAAAAAGUGUGUACAUGUUAUUUCCAUUCGGAUCAAGUUAAAACUGCACAAUUAUUCGUUGGCAUAAACAAGAUAUGAAUCAAUAAAUAUUAACCAAUUAGUCAAAUAUUUAACUGGUAAUUAAUUAUUUCGUUUGAUACCAACAAGUGAAAUUAAUCCUAUUGUCGUCUGUAUAUGUAGGGUAUCGUCCCCUUAGGUAAUCAAGUUGAAACUUUAUCUUUUGUACCUAACAAAACAUGAAUCCAUACAAAUUAACCAAUUUGUCAAUUAAUUAUUGGUAGUUAAUUAUUUUGUUUGAUAUCGAAAAUGAGAAAUAAAUUCUACACUAUUGAGA